AUGGCGUUUGUGAAGCGUUUCAAACCUGUCUCUCUCUCUCUCCCUCCCCCAGGUCAGAAGACUUGUCUCCACCUCCAUGGCAUCUUCCCCUACGUCUACGUGCCCUUCGACGGGCGCGGCCCCCAGCCCGACAGCCACCUGCGCCAGGUGGCGUUCAGCAUCGACCGGGCCCUCAACGUGUCCCUGGGCAACCCCUCCUCCAGCACGCAGCACGUCUUCAAAGUCACGCUCGUCUCCGGCAUGCCUUUUUAUGGGUACCAUGACAAGGAGAAGCUGUUCAUGAAGAUCUAUCUGUACAAUCCCCAGAUGGUGAAAAGGGUGUGUGAGCUGCUUCAGGGAGGAGCCGUGAUGAACAGGACCUACCAGCCCCACGAGGCCCACAUCCCCUAUCUGCUGCAGCUCUUCAUAGACUACAACCUGUAUGGCAUGAACAUGCUCACGCUGGGGGCCGUCAAGUUCCGCAGGGGCCAGCACAGAGAGCCCCCCCCCUCAGCUGCAGACAGACAGGAAGCUAGCAGCAGACAGGAAGCUAGCAGCAGCUCCACCUUGAAGAGCCCUCACCUCUCCAAGCUGAGUGACAGCACCUUGGGGGACACGUCUGGGCGCUGGGAUGAGAACGCCAUCCCCUGCUCCAUGGUCCUGGAGGAGGUGGAGAAGCAGAGCACCUGUGAGCUGGAGGUGGAUGCUGUCGCUGCAGACGUCCUCAACCGCAUGGAGCUGGAGAAUCAGAUUGGCAGAAACCCUGGCCUGCAAGCCAUCUGGGAGGAUGAGAAGCAGAGGCGGAGAGAGAUGAACCAGGUGUCCCAGAUAGAAACGCCCCAGUCCCAAGAUCGUGGGUUUGUCGUGUCGUCGGAGAGCGAGAGGAUCUUCAUGAGGAGACUCAAGGAGAUUCUGAAGGAGAACGAGUUUGAUGUGACUCAGCCAGGACCUGCUGAUGACCCGGAGGAACAGGAGUCUUUCCCCGCUGACCUGUCGCUGCACCCGGACAUCCCCCCACCAGAGGGGCUGGGCUGCCCCCCUGCCAACAUGGUGGAGGUGCACCAGGGCUCCCAGACAGACUCUGUGAGGUGCAGUAAUAGAAGCUCAGAGGAUGCGAUCGUGGACGAGGAGGCCAUCCUCAGCCUGUUGGAAAGCAGUCAGACCUUCCUCCCUCUCUCCCAGAGGUCCACGGACUCGCCCAUUCUAGACAGCAGCCAAGACCAUGCGAUGGUUGACCUGCUGGCAGGCCUGGAGGAUGACGGGUACAGGGCGACGCCCAUGAGGCAGAACUCCCAAUCACAACUGCAGGGAGGAGGAGCCUGUCACUACAACAGUGACGAGGAGGAGGCGGAACCUGAACUGGACAGGGAGGAGGCGGAACUGAGUAUGGUGAUGUCACAAAGAUGGGACUGCGACCUUCCGGAACAGCCAUCUAGAACAAGAGGCAGUGUGAAGGACGCGGAGGAAAGCUUAAGCGACGAGCCGCCAGCUUCCUCAGACGAGGAGAUGGAGUGGAGCGUAACCAACUCUGUCUUCGCCAACCUGUCCAUCCCUCAAGUGGACGGGGCUGCUGAUGAAAACAGCGACUCUUCACUAACAGACAAAGGCUCCAGGACCUCCCUGACCGUCACCGACAAGCUCCUGGGCAAGAGGAAACCCUUUCCUGGGGAGACAGUCCACCUGGAGCCCCCCACCUCAGCCAAGAUCCUUCUUGAGUGUAAACACCCUGAGCACAGGCAGGCCCUGUCCCUGGACACAGAGGAACCAGCAGACAAACACUUUCUCUCCAAAAGCUCCCUCAAUCAGGACCCCAACGAGUGCUCCACGGGAUUUAAAGUGAAUAAAGAGAUUCCCUACAUCCAGCCAGUCAAACACCCUAUCCCCUGCAACCUGGUCAGCCAGGCUGAGGUGUCUCACACCUGCAUGGACAAGAUGGAGAUGCGGCCCCUGUACACCUACGAGAAGAAGACCAUGGCUCUGGACGAGUCCGAACUCGACGGCUUUCCGUUUGGCAACGGCAAGAUCACCCAGAGCAGGAAGAAGUACGGCAGCAUCAAGAACGUAGAGAAGAACCGCCUGUCCAUCCUGCAGAACCAUCGCAGCUUCUCCUUGUGCUACUCAGAGCUCAGGAACUGCCCGUCCAAAGCGGACCCGGAGCUGAGUCAGAACGGCUGCAAAAGCCCCAUCCUGAGGAACAUUACCCCGUCCCCCUGCGCCAUGGAGGACGAGGGGCUGAUGGACCCCCAGGAAGGGGAGAUAGGCCAGGGGGACGAGGAGGGGGACGUGGGGGAGCUGAAGAUCAGGUAUGAGGACUACCAGGAGAACAAAACCGAGAGGACCAUCGUAGCCCAGCAGGAGGCUCACUACAAGUUCUUCCCGAGUGUCAUCCUCUCCAACUGCCUCACCAGGCCCAGCAAGAAGGCGGCGGCAGGGAGCAAGGUGGCGGAUUCCUGCAGCAAGCCGGAGCUGGCAGAACCGCGCCGGUCCAGGCUUGGGAGGCGGAAAUCUGCAGCCUUGAAGACGAAGGUGAACGCCGCGGAGAACCCAGCUUUGGAGAGCCGAGAAUGCACAGCAUUCGGCGUUGUUACGCCAGCUGGUCCGAUGAACACAGACAGGGAGAAGCCAGGCGCAGAAGAAAGAACCGUUGCAGAGGAGAAGCCAGGAGAGAAGCCUGUUCCAGGGAAGUCCCUCCCUGAAGAGAAUAUGGAUACCGAAGAGAAACCAGAGACUAAAUCCUUAAACCCACUGCCAGAACCACAUGUCCUUUCCCCAGUACCUUCACCAGCCUCAGUCCCUACUGGUCCCAUUGAAGCCACAGUAGAGAUUAACAGAUUAGCCCCGCUACCUGCGAAGAUUUGCACCAAGGUUUCAGGGCUGCCUGGCAGUAAAUACACCUUGAGGGCCAAACGCAAGAUGAGCUACGAUGGUGAGGACGGAGAACACUCAGGAGAUUUCAAGUAUAAACACAUGCUGUCCCUCCGGCACGGCCUGAGGGACAGCUACGUUCUCAACGGCCAGGAACUCAAGUAUCAGAAACGGCGGAAGAUGGCCCGAAAGGAACCUCCGAUCAUCAUUAAGUACAUCAUCAUCAACCGGUUCAAAGGUCAGAAGAACAUGCUGGUUAAGAUGGCCAAAGUGAGUGCUGAGGAACAGAGGGUGAUGCUGACACCUGAUAGACUUCAGCAGUACAACAAACUGGCCCCCCUCAAGAACUUCUGGCCAGUGGUCCCUGAAUCCUCGGCUGUCAAGUUCCCCCCCAAAGAGCCAAAAGCAAAAAAACAGCCCAAGCGAAAAGCUAAGGAAUGCCCAGCCCCUAAGAAACCCGUAACUUUCUGCAGCCCACAGAAAGUUAAAGUCAGGCGGGGUGAGAGGCUAAAAAGGACUAAAGGUGCAAGAGCCCAAAUUCGGCCUUCUCUUCCUCCUCCGAAGCCAUUUUACUUUGAGCUAGCGGAUGACCAUGACACGGACUACAAGGAUGUGAUGAUGGAGCUGGGAUACCUGUCAGAGAGAUCCCCCAGCCCUGCAGACUCCACCCCUCCCCGGUGUUGGUCACCCAGUGACCCCUUCCUGGAGUCCAUGUCCUCGGAUCAACUCAUUAACCCCUUCAACGACCCGUGUCUCAGUUCCACCUGUCAGGAACCCCCCACGCGGUCCUUAGGUCGAGGUGCACGAAACCAAAGUCGAACGGGCCGCCUUCGAAAUCUAGCCACAAGCCCGAAAAAGAGGUCCAAGUCUGCUAAUAAGCUUCCAGAGGGUGAACAGGCUAAACAUGAGAGCAUGAGAAGGAAAGGCAGUGGCACGGCUCCCAGGAGGAAGAAGAAAGCGCCGGAAGCGGUUGAAGCGAACAGCGCAGGUGAUGGUGCCGUCGUCUCCACUGCUUGCACAAGACCCAGGAGGUCUCGGAAGAAGAAGCAGGCGACAGGGUGUGAAACCCCCUCGGCUAACGAGAGCUGCGACAGUUCCCAGGUUCUCUUCUCCGACGAUGAGAUCCGUCCCUCGGGGUCCUCCUCAGACACCCUCCCUUCGUUCCAGCGGCCAUCCCGCACCGCUAGACACCCCCAAAACAGCUUGUCCAAGUCAGUUGAGCCAAAGGCUGAAGACUGUGAGACAUCUAUCAUGGAGGUCAGUCAGAGCUAUGCCUUCAGACCCCGGUCACAGCCAGAUCUGGGGCAGAAUGCUGAGGUCAACUCCCUAUUUGGCUCCCAACAUUCUGUUGUGAAGGCUGAGGCCACUGUGGAGGAAGGUAAACCCACUCAGGUGACGUCCCUACCUGGACCCAUGGAUGGGGACAGUGAGGGCUUCUCCAAACCCGACUCCCCCAAUACAGGUCCUAAGAAUGAGGAGGGGCUACCUCUGGCUGAGAGCCAGUCGGGACUAGCUGUCCUGAAGAAACUCCUGCAGAAGAGGCAACAGGGUCAGCAGCUACCAUUACGGCAGGUUGGCACGGAGACCGGCUCCACCGCCACACCGCCUCCUGGUACAGCACAAGACCCUUCAGCCAAGCCGGCCAAAUCCAAACGAGCCCCCUCCACCAACCCCCGGAAACCCAGGGCACCUAGGACUACAACUCCCAAGGAGAAGAAGCCCCGGACCAGGAAAGGGAAGUUCUCUCAACCUGAACUGCCAGUGAAGCAGGAGCCCAGCCUGUCUGACGAUAGCCCUGUGUUUCUGUCAGAUCCAGGUCUGGACAGCUGCUACUCCAUAGAAGACAGUUUAUCCCCGGAGCUUCCUCACAACUAUAACUUUGACAUCAACACCAUUGGGCAGACGGAGUUCUCCAGCUUGUACAUGGGAAGCCAGUUUGUUCUGACCGACAAAAACCUGCCUCAGAAGUUUUUGAGUGAUGUAACUCAGGAGGCGGUUCCUGCCUUGGUGCUGGGGUUUGAGAAGAGACCUGAUAGGCUGUUUUGCCAAGGGGAGGAGCUCCAGAGAGGCUCGGAUUGGCACAGGGCGGGACCUCUCAGUCCCGAUCUCUUUGACAGGCCGGAAAACGGGGAGUCCGCGUCCAAUCAUCUCUCUUUCCUGGAGUCAGAGAGGAUCUUGAGGAGCAGGGAGUGGGGAUCCUCUCUGGGGAAGGUCCACGGCCUCAGCCACUUUCAAGGCUUUCACUGUGAGAGAAAAGAGCUGCUCUUUUCUGCCUUCGAGCCUGUCUUACCUCUGCCUUUAAGCUCUGCCUCGUUCGCGGACCACGAGGGUUCUCCAACCAGAGACGGACUGGAGGGGAACGACACGUCCACCACCCCCAGUAGUUCCCCCCGAUCCGUCAGCUCUCUGUCCCAGGUCAGGGCCAGCCAGCCCCUCAGGGGAGGGGUGGGAGCCAACAUACUCAAGCCCCUCAUGUCGCCCCCAAGCCGGGAGGAGAUCCUCUCCACCCUCCAGGACCUGGAGAUGUCUGAGGCAACCUUCCAGGAGCCCUUCUGCAGUGACCCCUCAGAUGCCCCAGGGAAACCCAGGGAGGUAGGAGGACGGAAGCUGACGGUGGAGACGAGACUGGCCAAGGACCUGCCCGAGUUCAACGGGGACCUGUCCCAGGAGGGGCUCCAGUUCUGGAAGACGGCCUUCUCUGCCAUGACCCACCCAGGCUCCUCACACGAGUUUGGGGUCGAGGCUUUCGAGACGGCUGAGGGAGGCGUGGCCCAGCCCGGCCCGUCCACCUCGGCUGGAGACCAGAAGGUCGUCCUUCUGCCCUGCAGGAGCGCGCCCAGUCGAGAGCGGGUGGAGGUCUGGCUUCAAGCCAGGAGACAGUACGAACACCUGCAGAAGGGGAGGAGAGGCGCCCGGGAGAGGAGGAGGACGGAGGGGGCUGGAGAGGAGACGUCGGCCCGGACCGAACCCGCUGGUCGCCGUGAACCGGAUCUGAGAAAGGAGGAAGGGUCGGAGAGGCUCGCGAGGACUCGUAGCGAGAGGGGAGGUGUGUCCCUUCACGUGUUUCCUGUUGGGGAGGCAGAGACUCAGGACAGCCCCAUGGGAUCCGAGCCUGUGACAGACCCUGGUGCUCAGGACCUCGCUCUUCAGGACCCUAGAGAGGAGCAGCGCUACGGUCAAGCUGUUUCCCCUGACUCUCCUGACCUGCCUCCAUGGCAACAGACAGAACAGCCCAGUCCCUCGGGGGAGGGGGGGGGCCCUGGGCUGGAGCCUCUGUCCCCUGACAGGGGGGAGGAGAGGCAGUUCCUCAGCCCCUCUCCCUUGCCCCUGAGCAGGGAGGGGGGACGGAUAAGCCCCGGUCUGCUUCACAGCACCCCGGUCCUGAGGAGAUGCAGAAGCAGCUCACAGCCGGUCUGCAGCACCCCCGUGACAGACGACGCAGAGUGUUGGUCCCAGAGACAGCAGCAGAGGAGAGGGAGGGACACGGACGCAGAGUGUUCGUCCCAGAGACAGCAGCAGAGGAGAGGGAGGGACACGGACGCCUUGAGAAGGGUGCUGUUGACCACCCAGAUGAAGAAGCAAUUUGGUGCUUUGAACGUUCCAAGGAAGGAUAACUCUCAAAUCGAAGGGCCAAGCAUUAACAACUCAUACGGUUUCAAAGUGAGCAUGCAGAAUCUCCAGGACGCCAAGGCCCUGCAUGAGGUUCAGCAUCUGACUCUGAUGAGCAUGGAGCUUCAUGUUCGGACCCGGAGGGACCUGGAACCCGACCCGGAGUUUGACCCUAUAUGUGCCUUAUUCUACUGCCUCAGCUCUGACGCUCCACUGCCUCACUCAGACAGGACCCAGCUGACUGGAGCCAUAGUGCUGGACAGGAACUGUCAGAGUUUAGGUCGCAGAGAAACAGCGCCCCUACUGGUCAGAUCGGGCGUUUCAGGACUGCAGGUCACCUAUGUCUUGGAUGAGAAACAGCUGCUCCAGGAAGUUGUCACUGUAAUCAGGAAGUACGACCCGGACAUCCUGUUGGGGUAUGAGGUGCAGAUGCGCUCCUGGGGAUACCUCCUCCAGCGAGCAUCAGCCCUGGGCGUGGACCUCUGCCAACAGCUCUCCCGGGUCCCAGGAGACUCCAAAGAGAACCGCUUCUCAGCAGACAAGGACGAGUACGGGGCUGACACCAUGUCAGAGAUCCACAUCAUCGGACGCAUCACCCUCAACCUGUGGAGGGUCAUGAAGACUGAGGCGACGUUGAACAACUACAGUUUCGAGAACGUGGCCUUUCAUGUGCUGCACCAGCGCUUCCCCCUCUACAGCUCCAGAACCCUGUCCGACUGGUUCGACCACAUCACUGACCUGCACAGAUGGAAGGUUGUGGAUCACUACGUCAGCCGUGUGUGCAGCACCAUGCAGCUGCUCCAGCAGCAGGAUAUCAUCGGCAGGACCAGCGAGCUGGCCAGGGUGUUUGGGAUCCAGUUCUACCACGUGCUGACCAGAGGAUCUCAAUACCGUGUAGAGUCCAUGAUGCUGCGCUUGGCCAAGCCCAUGAACUACAUAGCGGUGACGCCCAGCGUGCAGCAGCGCGCCCAGCAGAGGGCGCCGCAGUGCAUCCCCCUGGUGAUGGAGCCCCAGUCCCGCUUCUACAGCAACUCUGUGGUGGUGCUGGACUUCCAGUCUCUCUACCCCUCCAUCGUCAUCGCCUACAACUACUGCUACUCCACCUGCCUGGGCCACGUGGAGAGCCUGCAAACGUCGGAUGAGUUUAAGUUUGGCUGCACCUCCCUGAGGGUUCCUCCUGAGCUGCUGUACCAGCUACGCAACGACAUCACCCUGUCCCCCAACGGCAUCGCCUUCGUCAAGCCGUCGGUGCGUAAGGGGGUGGUGCCCAGUAUGCUGGAGGAGAUCCUGAACACGCGGAUCAUGGUGAAACAGGCCAUGAAGAUCCACCGCCAGGACAAGGCCCUGCUCAGGCUGCUGCACGCCAGGCAGCUGGGGCUCAAGCUCAUCGCCAACGUCACCUUCGGAUACACCGCCGCCAGCUACUCUGGACGCAUGCCCAGCGUGGAGGUCGGGGACAGCAUCGUCCACAAAGCCCGGGAGACUCUGGAGAGAGCCAUCAAGAUGGUGAACGACACCAAGAAAUGGGGAGCUCACGUUGUGUACGGGGACACUGACAGCAUGUUUGUCCUGCUUAAGGGAGCCACCAAAGAGCAAGCCUUCAGGAUCGGAAACGAGAUCGCAGAGGCUGUGACGGCCACCAACCCUAAGCCGGUCAAGCUGAAGUUUGAGAAGGUGUACCUGCCCUGUGUGCUUCAGACUAAGAAGCGCUAUGUGGGCUACAUGUACGAGACUCUGGACCAGAAGGAUCCCGUCUUCGACGCCAAGGGGAUCGAAACCGUGCGGAGAGACGGAUGUCCGGCUGUUUCCAAGAUCUUGGAGCGUUCCAUCAAGCUGCUGUUUGAGACCCGGGACGUGAGCCAGGUGAAGCAGUACGUGCAGCGUCAGUGUGUGAAGGUGCUAGAGGGCGGGGCCAGCAUGCAGGACCUCACCUUCGCUAAGGAGUACAGGGGCAGCGGCUCGUAUCGGCCUGGGGCCUGCGUCCCUGCUCUGGAGCUCAGCAGGCGUAUGAUGGCGUACGACCGGCGUCUGGAACCGCGUGUGGGAGAGAGGGUUCCCUACGUGGUGGUGUACGGGACGCCGGGCGUGCCCCUCAUCCAGCUGGUGCGGCGCCCCCUGGAGGUGCUGCAGGACAGCAGCCUGCGCCUCAACGCCACCUACUACAUCACCAAGCAGAUCCUGCCCCCGCUGGCCCGCAUCUUCCAGCUCAUCGGCGUGGACGUGCCCAGCUGGUACCAGGAGCUGCCCAAGGUCCAGAAGGCCUCCUGCUCCACAGCGUGUCCCUGGGAUGAGGCAGGGAGGAAGGGCACCAUCUCUCACUACUUCACCACGCUGCACUGCCCCGUGUGUGACCAUCUCACCCAGCUGGGCGUGUGCGCUCGCUGCCGGGCCGAGCCUCACCGCGUCGCUGUCACCCUCCACCAGGACAUGCGACUGUGGGAGAGCCAGCAGGACCAGCUGCUGAAGAUCUGUCGUAACUGCAGUGGCAGUGCAGAGAGAAAGGUUCCGUGCGCGUCCCUGGACUGUCCCGUUCUCUACAAGCUGUCUCGGGUCAACCGGCAACUGUCCAAGGCCCCCUACCUCCGCCAGCUCCUCGAGCAGUUCUGAACAGCCCCUGGUGCCGCACGGUGCCACCCUGGUGCUAAACGCUGCCUCGCUCAGCUCAGUGUUAGCGUGGGGUUUCUGUUAGCGUGUCGGCGCUUUGAUUGAACCCUGUUGUGUUUUCAUUCGGUCCUGUUGUCAUUUGUUUGUUUGACAAAUAUACCUGCGUGUCCAGACUGGCUGUGUGGGCCUCCUUUGGGGGG